CUGGGCGUGAUGGCUGACUCCGCGUCUGGUGUGCGGGGUUCUCUACUGCAGUUGCAGGAGUCCUUGUCUGCCGGCGACCGCUGCAGCGCCGCGAUGGCCAGUUAUCAGCUGAUCCGGGGCCUGGGACAGGAGUGCGUGCUGAGCACCGGCCCCGCGGUGCUGGCGUUACAGACUUCCUUAGUUUUUUCCAAAGAUUUUGGUUUGCUUGUAUUUGUUCGGAAGUCACUUAGCAUUGAUGAAUUUCGUGAUUGUAGAGAAGAAGUCUUAAAAUUUUUAUGUAUUUUCUUAGAAAAAAUUGGCCAGAAGAUCACACCUUACUCUCUUGAAAUUAAGAAUACUUGUACCAGUGUUUACACAAAGGAUAAAGCUGCUAAAUGUAAAAUCCCAGCCCUAGAUCUUCUUAUUAAGUUACUUCGGACUUUAAGAAGUUCUAGACUCAUGGAUGAAUUUAGAAUUGGAGAGUUAUUUAGCAAAUUCUAUGGAGAACUUGCAUCGAAAACAAAAAUACAGGAUACAGUUUUAGAAAAAAUAUAUGAGCUUCUAGGAGUAUUAGGUGAAGUUCAUCCUAGUGAGAUGAUAAAUAAUUCAGAAAAACUGUUCCGGGCUUUUCUGGGUGAACUUAAGACCCAGAUGACAUCAGCAGUAAGAGAGCCCAAACUGCCUAUUCUGGCAGGGUGUCUGAAGGGAUUGUCUUCACUCAUGUGUAACUUCACCAAAUGCAUGGAAGAAGAUCCCCAGACUUCAAGGGAGAUUUUUGAUUUUGCAUUAAAGGCAAUUCGUCCUCAGAUUGAUCUGAAGAGAUAUGCGGUACCCUUAGCUGGCUUAUGCUUAUUUACGCUGCAUGCAUCUCAGUUUAGCACCUGCCUUCUGGACAACUACGUUUCUUUAUUCGAAGUACUGUCAAAAUGGUGUAGCCAUACGAAUGUAGAAUUGAAAAAAGCUGCACAUUCAGCUCUGGAAUCUUUUCUGAAACAGAUUUCUUUUAUGAUGGCGAAAGAUGCAGAAAUGCAUAAGAGUAAGCUACAGUACUUUAUGGAGCAAUUCUAUGGAAUCAUCAGGAACAUGGAUUCAAACAGCAAAGAUUUAUCCAUUGCUAUUCGUGGAUAUGGACUUUUUGCAGGACCUUGCAAGGUUAUAAAUGCAAAAGAUGUUGACUUCAUGUAUGUAGAGCUCAUUCAGCGCUGCAUGCAGCUGUUCCUCACCCAGAUAGACACUGUUGAUGACCACGUUUACCACAUGCCAAGUUUCCUCCAGUCUAUUGCAAGUGUCUUGCUUUACCUUGAUACAGUUCCUGAAGUGUAUACUCCGGUUCUGGAACAUCUCAUGGUGGUACAGAUAGACAGUUUCCCACAGUAUAGUCCAAAAAUGCAGUCAGUGUGUUGUAAAGCCAUAGUGAAAGUUUUCCUAGCCUUGGGGGGAAAAGGACCAGUUCUCUGGAAUUGCAUCAGUACCGUGGUGCAUCAGGCUUUAAUCAGAAUAUGUUCUAAGCCAGUGAUCGUUCAAAAGGGUGUUGAGUCUGAAUCUGAAGAUUAUCGUGCAUCAGGGGAAGUUAGAACUGGCAGAUGGAAAGUGCCCACAUAUAAAGACUAUUUGGAUCUUUUUAGAAGUCUCCUGAGUUGUGACCAGAUGAUGGAGUCUCUUUUAGCAGAUGAAGCAUUUCUCUUUGUGAAUUCCUCCUUUCAAAAUCUGAAUCGUUUGCUAUAUGAUGAAUUUGUCAAAUCAGUUUUGAAGAUUAUUGAGAAAUUGGAUCUUACACUAGAGAAACAGAAUGUUGGGGGACACGAGGAUGAAAAGGAAGUUACUGGUGUUUGGGUGAUCCCGACCUCAGAUCCAGCUGCUAACUUGCAUCCUGCUAAACCCAAAGAUUUUUCAGCUUUCUUUAACCUGGUGGAAUUUUGCAGAGAGAUUCUUCCUGAGAAACAUGUAGAAUUUUUUGAGCCAUGGGUACAUUCAUUUGCAUGUGAAUUAAUUUUGCAGUCUACACGGUUGCCUCUCAUCAGUGGUUUCUACAAAUUGCUUUCUGUUGCUAUGAGAAAUGCCAAGAAAAUAAAAUAUUUUGAGGGAGUUGGUCUGAAGGGUCAGACACAGUCUCCUGAGGAUCCAGAAAAGUAUUCUUGCUUUGCUUUGCUUGCAAAAUUUGGUAAAGAGGUUUCAGUUAAAAUGAAGCAAUACAAAGAUGAACUUUUGGCCUCCUGUUUGACCUUUAUUCUGUCCCUGCCACAUGACAUCAUUGAACUUGAUAUUAGAGCCUACGUUCCUGCAUUGCAGAUGGCUUUUAAACUGGGCCUGAGCUAUACCCCACUGGCGGAAGUAGGCCUGAAUGCCCUAGAAGAAUGGUCCGUUUACAUUGGCAAACAUGUAAUUCAGCCCCAUUAUAAAGACAUUUUACCCAGCCUUGAUGGAUAUCUGAAAACUUCAGCCUUAUCAGAUGAGACCAAGAACAAUUGGGAGGUGUCAGCACUUUCUCAAGCUGCCCAGAAAGGAUUUAAUAAAGUUUUAUUAAAGCAUCUGAAAAAGACAAAGAACAUUUCAUCAAAUGAAGCACUGUCCUUAGAAGAAAUAAGGAUUAGAGUAGUACAAAUGCUUGGCUUUCUAGGAGGACAAAUAAACAAAAAUCUCCUAACAGUUGCAUCCUCAGAUGAAAUGAUGAAGAAAUGUGUGGCAUGGGACAGAGAAAAAAGACUCAGUUUUGCAGUACCAUUUAUAGAAAUGAAACCUGUCAUUUAUCUGGAUGUGUUCUUGCCUCGGGUCACAGAAUUAGCUCUUUCAGCUAGCGACAGACAAACUAAAGUUGCGGCUUGUGAGCUUUUACACAGCAUGGUUAUGUUUAUGUUGGGAAAAGCCACUCAAAUGCCUGAAGGUGAUCAAGGUUUCCCACCCAUGUACCAGCUCUACAAGCGAACUUUUCCUGUGCUACUUCAACUUGCAUGUGAUGUAGAUCAGGUGACAAGGCAACUAUAUGAGCCCCUAGUUAUGCAACUGAUUCACUGGUUCACAAACAAUAAGAAAUUUGAAAGUCAGGAUACUGUCGCCUUACUAGAAACGAUAUUGGAUGGAAUUGUAGACCCUGUUGACAGUACUUUAAGAGAUUUUUGUGGUCGGUGUAUUCGCGAAUUCCUCAAAUGGUCCAUUAAGCAGACAACACCGCAGCAGCAGGAAAAAAGUCCAGUCAACACCAAAUCGCUUUUCAAGCGACUGUACAGCUUUGCCCUUCACCCUAAUGCUUUCAAGAGGCUAGGAGCAUCACUUGCCUUUAAUAAUAUCUAUAGGGAAUUCAGGGAAGAAGAGUCUUUGGUAGAACAGUUUGUGUUUGAAGCAUUGGUUACAUAUCUGGAAAGUCUGGCCUUAGCACACACAGAUGAGAAAUCCUUAGGUACAAUUCAACAAUGUUGUGAUGCCAUUGAUCACCUAAGGCGUAUCAUUGAAAAGAAGUAUGUAUCUUUAAACAAAGUAAAAAAGCGACGUAGGCCACGAGGAUUUCCACCUGCGGCAUCAUUGUGUUUACUGGAUGUGGUCCAGUGGCUGUUAGCCCACUGUGGGAGGCCCCAAACAGAAUGUCGACACAAAUCCAUAGAACUCUUUUAUAAAUUUGUUCCUUUAUUGCCAGGCAAUACAUCCCCUUCUUUAUGGCUGAAGGAUAUUCUUAAGAACAAAGAUACUUCCUUUCUCAUAAACAUAUUUGAGGGGGGAGGAGGAGACUGUGAUCGGCUGUCAGGCAUCCUUGCUCAGCCCACCCUCUUCCAUCUGCAAGGGUGUUUCAGCCUGAGAGCUGCCCUGCAGUGGAUGGACAUGCUUCUGGCAGCUCUGGAGUGCUACAACACAUUCAUUGAAGAGAAAACCCUUGAAGCAUCUGAGAUCCUGGGUACUGAAACACAGUCUUCACUUUGGAAAGCGGUGGCUUUCUUUUUAGAAAACAUUGCUAUGCAUGAUAUUACGGCAGCAGAAAAGUGCUUUGGCACUGGGGCAACAGGUCACAGACCCAGCCCACAAGAGGGAGAAAGAUAUAAUUACAGCAAAUGCACGAUUGUGGUCCGGAUUAUGGAAUUUACCACAACGCUGCUCAGCAUCUCCCCAGAAGGCUGGAAGCUCCUUGAGAAGGAUUUAUGUAAUAACAAAAACCUUAUGAAACUCUUGGUGAAAACCCUAUGUGAGCCCUCGAGCAUAGGUUUCAAUAUUGGUGAUGUCCUAGUUAUGAAUCAUCUUCCUGAUGUUUGUGUAAGCCUGAUGAAAGCACUAAAGAAGUCCCCAUACAAAGACACCCUUGAGAUGUACCUCAAGGAAAAAAUAACAGCACAGAGCAUUGAGGAGCUCUGUGCUGUUGACCUGUAUGGCCCUGAUGCUUAUGUGGAUAGGGCCAAGCUGGCGUCUGUCGUGUCAGCUUGUAGACAACUUCACAGAGCUGGUUUUUUGCAUGUUGUAUUACCAUCUCAGUCUGCAGAUCAGCAUCAUUCUCUUGGCACAGAACUUCUUUCCCUGGUUUAUAAAAGCAUUGCACCUGGAGAUGAACGAGAGUAUUUUCCUUCACUAGACCCCAGUUGUAAGCGAUUAGCCAGUGGACUUCUGGAGUUGGCCUUUGCUUUUGGAGGACUGUGUGAGCACCUUGUGAAUCUUCUCCUGGACACAGCAGUGUUGUCUAAGCCAGCCCCAGGAGUGUCCCAGAGAAACAUGGUCAGCUUCUCUCACGGAGAGUAUUUUUAUAGCUUGUUCUCAGAAACAAUCAACACUGAAUUAUUGAAAAAUCUAGAUCUUGCUGUAUUGGAGCUCAUGAAAUCAUCUGUGGAUAAUCCCAAAAUGGUAAGCACCGUUCUGAAUGGUAUGUUAGAUCAGAGCUUCAGGGAUCGAGCCAGCCAGAAACACCAAGGACUGAAACUUGCGAGUACAAUUCUGCACAACUGGAAGAAGUGGGACUCCUGGUGGGCCAAAGAUUCUGCUCCUGAAAGUAAAACAGCAGUGCUGACCUUACUGGCCAAAAUUUUGCAGAUUGAUUCAUCUGUAUCUUUUAAUACAAAUCACAGUGCAUUCCCUGAAGUCUUUACAACAUAUGCUAGUCUACUUGCUGAUUCAAAGUUGGGUUUACAUUUAAAGGGUCAGGCUGUAAUUCUUCUUCCAUUCUUCACCAAUCUUACUGGAGGCAGUCUUGAGGACCUUAAGCAUGUCCUUGAAAAGCUUAUCAUUUCUAAUUUCCCCAUGAAGUCUGAAGAAUUUCCCCCGGGAACUCUGCGGUACAAUAAUUAUGUAGACUGCAUGAAAAAGUUUCUAGAUGCAUUGGAAUUAUCUCAAAGUCCUGUAUUGUUACAGUUGAUGACGGAAAUUCUUUGUCGGGAACAGCAACAUGUUAUGGAAGAAUUAUUUCAAUCUACUUUCAAAAAUAUUGCCAGAAAGAGUUCAUGUGUCACACAAUUAGCCCUUUUGGAAAGGGUGUACAGAAUGUUCAAGAGGGACGACCUACUUUCAAAUGUUACUCGCCAAGCAUUUGUAGAUCGCUCCCUUCUCACCCUUUUGUGGCAUUGUAGCCUGAGUGCUUUGAGAGAGUUCUUCAGCAAAAUUGUGGUGGAUGCCGUUGAUGUGUUGAAGUCUAGAUUUACAAAGCUAAAUGAAUCUAUCUUUGAUACUCAAAUCACCAAGAAGAUGGGCUAUUAUAAAAUGCUAGAUGUGAUGUAUUCUCGUCUUUCAAAAGAGGAUGUUCACUCGAAAGAAUCUAAAAUUAAUCAAGUUUUCAACGGCUCAUGUGUUACAGAAGGAAAUGAACUUACAAAGACACUUAUUAAAUUGUGCUAUGAUGCAUUUACAGAGAACAUGGCAGGUGAGAAUCAGUUGCUGGAGAGGAGAAGACUUUACCACUGUGCUGCAUACAACUGUGCCAUUUCUGUUAUCUGCUGUGUCUUCACCGAGUUAAAAUUUUACCAAGGUUUUCUCUUCAGUGAAAAACCUGAAAAGAACUUGCUUAUUUUGGAAAAUCUGAUUGACCUGAAGCGCUGCUAUACAUUUCCUGUAGAAGUUGAGGUUCCUAUGGAAAGAAAGAAAAAGUACAUUGAAAUUAGGAAAGAAGCCAGGGAAGCCACAAAUGGGGAUUCAGGUGGCCCUCAUUAUCUAUCUUCCUUGUCAUAUUUGGCAGACAGCAGCCUGAGUGAGGAAAUGAGUCAAUUUGAUUUCUCAACUGGAGUUCAGAGCUAUUCAUACCGUUCCCAAGACCCUAAAUCUACCCCUGGUCAUUUUCGGAGACAGGAGCAUAAAGACCCCAUGGUCCAAGAUGCUGUCCUAGAGUUAGAGAUGGAUGAGCUCAAUCAACACGAAUGUAUGGCGACCAUGACAGCCCUGAUUAAGCACAUGCACAGAAAUCAGAUACUACCUAAAGGAGAAGAGGGUUCAGUGCCAAGAAAUCUUCCUCCGUGGAUGAAAUUUCUUCAUGACAAACUAGGAAAUCCAUCAGUAUCAUUAAAUAUCCGUCUCUUCUUAGCCAAGCUUGUUAUUAAUACAGAAGAAGUCUUUCGCCCUUAUGCGAAGUACUGGCUAAGUCCCUUGCUGCAGCUGGUAGUUUCUGAAAAUAACGGAGGAGAAGGAAUUCACUAUAUGGUGGUUGAGAUAGUGGUUACUGUUCUUUCAUGGACAGGAUUAGCUACUCCUGUGGGUGUCCCUAAAGACGAAGUGUUGGCAAACCGAUUGCUUCAUUUCCUAAUGGAACAUGUUUUUCAUCAAAAAAGAGCUGUGUUUAGACAUAACCUUGAAAUUAUAAAAACCCUUGUUGAAUGCUGGAAGGAUUGUUUAUCUAUCCCUUACAGGUUAAUAUUUGAGAAAUUUUCCAGUAAAGAUCCUAAUUCUAAAGACAAUUCAGUAGGAAUUCAAUUAUUAGGCAUUGUAAUGGCCAAUAAUUUGCCUCCUUAUGACCCAGAAUGUGGCAUAGAGAGCAUAAAAUACUUUCAAGCUUUGGUCAGUAAUAUGUCCUUUGUAAAAUAUAAAGAGGUAUAUGCAGCAGCAGCAGAAGUUCUAGGACUUACUCUUCGAUAUAUUACCAAGGAAGAAAAUGUAUUGGAGGAGUUGGUGUAUGAACUGAUCAUAAAGCAGUUGAAGCAACAUCAGAAUACGAUGGAAGACAAAUUUAUUGUGUGCUUGAACAAAGCAGUGAAGAACUUUCCUCCUCUUGCUGAUAGGUUUAUGAACACCGUCUUCUUCCUGCUGCCAAAAUUUCAUGGCGUGAUGAAGACCCUCUGUCUGGAGGUGGUGCUGUGUCGUGCAGAGGAAAUAACAGAUCUCUACUUACAAUUAAAGAGCAAGGAUUUCAUUCAAGUCAUGAGACACAGAGACGAUGAAAGACAGAAAGUGUGUUUGGACAUAAUUUAUAUGAUGAAGGCAAAAUUGAAACCAACAGAACUCCGAGAACUUCUGAAUCCUGUUGUAGAAUUCAUUUCUCAUCCUUCUCCAGUGUGUAGGGAACAAAUGUAUAAUAUUCUAAUGUGGGUUCAUGACAAUUACCGAGAUCCAGAAAGUCAAGCAGAUGAUGAGUCUCGGGAAGUAUUUAAGUUGGCAAAAGAUGUGUUGAUUCAAGGGUUGAUCGAUGAGAACGCUGGGCUUCAAUUAAUUAUUCGAAAUUUCUGGAGCCAUGAGACUAGAUUACCUUCCAAUAUCUUGGACCGAUUGUUGGCACUAAAUUCCUUAUAUUCUCCGAAGAUAGAAAUGCACUUUUUAAGUUUAGCAACAGAUUUUCUGCUUGAAAUGACCAGCAUGAGCCCAGAUUAUCCAAACCCUGUGUUUGAGCAUCCUCUGUCAGAAUGUGAAUUUCAGGAAUAUACCAUUGAUUCUGACUGGCGUUUCCGAAGUACUGUUCUCACUCCAAUGUUUAUUGAGACUCAAGCCUCCCAAAGUGCUCUCCAGGCCCGGACCCAGGAGGGAUCCCUCCCAGCUCAAGGGGUGAUGGCUAAGCAGAUACGGGCCACCCAACAACAGUAUGACUUCACACCUACACAAACUGCAGAUGGCAGAAGCUCCUUUAAUUGGCUAACUGGGAGCAGUAUUGACCCACUGGUGGAUUAUACAGUCUCCUCAUCAUUGGAUUCCUCAUCUUCCUCCUUGCUGUUUGUCCACAAGAGGAGUGAAAAGUUACAGAGAGCACCCUUGAAGUCAGUGGGACCUGAUUUUGGGAAAAAAAGGCUGGGCCUUCCAGGAGAUGAGGUGGAUAACAAAGCAAAAGGCUCAGAAAACAGAGGGAACUGGCUGAGGAUGCUUACAUUAUUUCUGGGUCCAAAAUCCAUGAUAUCACAGGUAUAUUUGGUUAAAUUUCAAAUACUAGCUAUGUCAAUGCCUGUUAAAACUUUCUAAACAGAAUUGAGAUGUAAAUUAGAUAUGCUUGCAGCAGUUUGUGUUUUCAAAUAAAGCUCUGGUAGUAUUAGUGAAUUAUAGCAUUUUUACUUCAGAUCCUAAUUUGUCUUUGUUUUGGAUAUUUUACAGAGAGACCCAAUAAUUGCAAAACAGCUCUUUGGCAGUUUGUUUUCUGGAAUUAUAAAAGAAAUGGAUAAAUACAAGACCAAGUCUGAGAAAAACAACAUUACUCAAAAGUUGCUCCAGGACUUUAAUCAUUUUCUUAACACCACUUUCUCUUUCUUUCCACCUUUUGUUUCUUGUAUCCAGGAAAUCAGUUGCCAACACACAGACUUGCUGAGCCUCGACCCAGCUUCUGUCAGUGCUGGCUGCCUGGCCAGUCUACAGCAGCCUGUAGGCGUCCGCCUUCUCGAGGAGGCCCUGCUCCACCUGGUGCCUCAAGAGCCACCUGCCAAGAGGUUUCGGGGGAGGACUGUCCUCUCUCCUGAUGUCGUCAGAUGGAUGGAACUUGCUAAACUGUAUAGGUCAAUUGGAGAAUAUGAUGUCCUCCGUGGUAUUUUUAGCAGUGAGAUAGGAACAAAGCAAGUCACUCAGAGUGCGAUAUUAGCAGAAGCAAGAAGUGAUUAUUCUGAAGCUGCUAAGCAGUAUAAUGAGGCUCUCAAUAAACAAGAGUGGGUGGAUGGUGAGCCUACAGAAGCUGAGAAGGAUUUUUGGGAACUUGCAUCCCUCGACUGUUACAACCAGCUUGCUGAGUGGAAAUCAUUGGCAUACUGUUCUAUAGUCAGCGUUGAUAAUGAAAACCCUCCAGAUCUAAAUAAAAUGUGGAGUGAACCAUUUUAUCAGGAGACCUAUCUACCUUACAUGAUCCGCAGCAAGCUGAAGUUACUGCUUCAAGGGGAGGCUGACCAGUCCUUGCUGACAUUUAUUGAUGAAGCUGUGAACAAAGAGCUUCAGAAGGCUCUUAUAGAGCUGCAUUAUAGUCAAGAAUUGAGUCUUCUUUACAUCUUACAAGAUGAUGUUGACAGAGCCAAAUAUUAUAUUGAAAAUUGCAUUCAGAUUUUCAUGCAGAAUUACUCAAGUAUUGAUGUCCUCUUACACAGAAGUAGACUCACCAAAUUACAGUCUGUACAAACUAUAAUAGAAAUUCAGGAGUUCAUCAGUUUUAUAAGCAGACAAGGUAGUUUAUCAUCUCAAGCUCCCCUUAAGAGACUUCUAAAAACCUGGACAAACAGAUACCCAGAUGCUAAAAUGGACCCAAUGAACAUCUGGGAUGACAUCAUCACAAAUCGAUGUUUCUUUCUCAGCAAAAUAGAAGAGAAGCUUACUCUUCCUCCUGGUGAUCAUAGUAUGUCCAUGGAUGGUGAUAGAGAUUGUAGUGAUACAGUGGAAGUUCAGGAGCAGGGAGAAGAGGUCUGUUCUCUGAUUAAGAACUGUAUGUUCUCCAUGAAAAUGAAGAUGGUAGAAAGUGCAAGAAAGCAGCACAGUUUCUCGCUUGCCAUGAAACUACUGAAGGAGCUUCAUAGAGAGUCAAAAACAAGAGAUGACUGGCAGGUGAAAUGGGUGCAGAGCUACUGCCGGCUCAGCCACAGCCGGAGCCAGGGCCAGAACGGCCCUGAGCAGAUUCUCACGGCGCUGAAAACAGUCUCCUUGCUGGGUGAGAGCACAUCAAGUUACUUAAGCAAAAAUGUUCUGGCUUUCCAUGACCAGAAUAUUCUCUUGGGUACAACUUAUAGAAUCAUAGCUAAUGCUCUCAUCAGGGAGCCAACCUGCCUUGCUGAAAUCGAGGAAAGCAAGGCUAGAAGAAUCUUGGACCUUUCUGGAUCCAGCUCAGAGAAUGCAGAAAAGGUGAUCGCAGGUCUGUACCAGAGAGCAUUCCAUCACCUUUCUGAGGCCGUGCGGAUAGCUGAGGAAGAGGCCCAGCCUUCCCUCAGGGGCCACGGUCCUGUAGCCAGCCUCACAGAUGCUUACAUGACACUGGUGGAUUUCUGUGACCAGCAGCUCCGCAAGGAGGAGGAGAGUGCAUCAGUUACUGAGUCUGUAGAACUUCAGACGUAUCCAGCCCUUGUGGUGGACAAAAUGUUGAAAGCUUUAAAACUGCAUUCCAAUGAAGCGAGGCUGAAGUUUCCCAGACUGCUGCAGAUUAUAGAGCUAUAUCCAGAGGAGACCCUGAGCCUAAUGACAAAAGAGAUUUCUUCCAUUCCUUGCUGGCAGUUCAUUGGCUGGAUCAGCCAUAUGGUGGCCUUAUUGGACAAAGAGGAAGCUGUUGCUGUCCAGCACACUGUGGAAGAGAUUGCUAAUAACUAUCCACAGGCAAUUGUCUACCCAUUUAUAAUAAGUAGUGAAAGCUAUUCCUUCAAAGAUACUUCUACUGGUCAUAAGAAUAAGGAGUUUGUGGCAAGGAUUAAAAUUAAGUUGGAUCAAGGAGGAGUGAUUCAAGAUUUUAUUAGUGCCCUAGAACAGCUCUCUAAUCCUGAAAUGCUCUUUAAGGAUUGGAUUGAUGAUAUCAAAGUCGAACUGGCAAAAACCCCUGUUAAUAAAAAAAACAUUGAAAAGAUGUAUGAAAGAAUGUAUGCAGCUUUGGGAGACCCAAGGGUUCCAGGCCUUGGGGUUUUCAGAAGGAGGUUUAUUCAGGCUUUUGGAAAAGAAUUUGAUAAACACUUUGGGAAAGGAGGUUCUAAGCUACCUGGAAUGAAACUCCGUGACUUCACCAACAUUACCAACUCACUAUUUUAUAAAAUGUGCAGAGACUCAAAGCCACCUGGGAAUCUGAAAGAAUGCUCACCCUGGAUGAGUGACUUCAAAGUAGAAUUUUUGAGAAAUGAGCUGGAGAUUCCUGGUCAAUAUGAUGGCAAAGGAAAGCCAGUGCCAGAAUACCAUGCACGAAUCGCUGGGUUUGAUGAGCGGGUAAAAGUAAUGACUUCUAUCAGAAAGCCGAAGCGCAUCAUCAUCCGAGGCCAUGAUGAGAAAGAGUACCCUUUCCUUGUCAAGGGGGGUGAAGACCUGCGGCAGGAUCAGCGGAUUGAACAACUCUUUGAGGUCAUGAAUGUCCUCCUUUCUCAGGACGCUGCCUGUAGCCAGAGAAACAUGCAGUUGAAGACCUACCAUGUCAUACCCAUGACCUCCAGAUUAGGACUAAUUGAAUGGAUUGAAAAUACUUUUACCUUGAAGGACUUUCUUUUGAGUAACAUGUCACGAGAGGAGAAAACUGCUUAUACAAGUGAUCCCAAAGCACCACCAUGUGAAUAUAGAGACUGGCUGACAAAGAUGUCUGGGAAAUACGAUGUUGGCGCUUACAUGUCAAUGUUUAAGGCAGCAAGUCGUUCUGAAACAGUCACAUCUUUUAGAAGGAGAGAAAGUAAAGUGCCAGCUGAUCUCUUAAAGCGGGCCUUUCUGAAGAUGAGCACAGGCCCUGAGGCCUUCUUGGCACUUCGCUCCCACUUUGCCAGCUCUCAUGCUCUUAUGUGCAUUAGCCACUGGAUUCUGGGCAUUGGAGACAGACAUCUGAACAAUUUCAUGGUAAACAUGGAGACAGGUGGAAUGAUCGGAAUCGACUUUGGACAUGCAUUUGGAUCAGCUACUCAGUUUCUGCCCGUCCCUGAGUUGAUGCCUUUUCGUCUGACUCGCCAGUUUAUCAAUCUGAUGUUACCAAUGAAAGAAGCAGGCGUUAUGUCCAGUGUCAUGGUGCAUGCACUGAGAGCCUUCCGCUCACACUCUGACCUGCUUACUAACACCAUGGAUGUGUUUGUAAAGGAACCUUCCUUCGACUGGAAAAAUUUUGAACAGAAAAUGCUAAAAAAAGGAGGAUCAUGGAUUCAAGAAAUAAAUGUAACUGAAAAAAAUUGGUAUCCCCGGCAAAAAAUACAUUAUGCUAAGAGAAAGUUAGCAGGCGCCAACCCAGCAGUUAUUACUUGUGAUGAGCUGUUCCUGGGCCAUGAGAAGGCACUUGCCUUUGGAGAUUAUGUGGCUGUAGCACGAGGAAGCAAAGAUCACAACAUCCGUGCCCAACAACCAGAGAGUGGACUAUCAGAAGAGGCUCAAGUAAAGUGCUUGAUUGACCAGGCAACAGACCCCAACAUCCUUGGCAGAACUUGGAUAGGAUGGGAGCCCUGGAUGUGAAGAAAUGUGGAAGUCAGCAGAAAAACAUGAAAGUGUUCAAAGAAUCUCCUAAACUUGGGGCACCUGGGUGGUUCAGAUGGUUAAGUAUCUGCCUUCAGCUCAGGUCAUGAUCCCAGGGUUCUGGG